UUAUCAGUUUUUUAUUUUUACGUAAAACUUUGAUAUUUUUAUAUUACAGGUGAAAAAGAACACAACGGCCAAUUUAAUGAAGAAAUGUACACUCUUUCAGAUAUUGUAACAAUUUUGAAGGUAAUCACGAGUAAAAUAACCAAGUUAAUAGUUGAAAAUGAGAAAACAACUAAGACUUUGACAAAAUUGAAUCAGAUAAUAGGUCGAUUGAAUAUAGAGGAAGAAAUAGAAACAGAAAACAAUGAAGAUAUUAUUAAUAGAUUGCCAUUAGCCACCGAGGAAGAUAUCUUAGAAAUGGAGCAUUUCUUGUUACAGAGGAAAAAUGAAAAGAAACUGUUGCAGAUAUUGGAAGAAAUUGGUGGUUCUACUGCAACAGAAAUGACUCGCAGAGUUAUGAGUACCCUGUUCACUGUAAAAUUGUGUACGAAAUAUACGUUAAAAGGAAAAAGAGCAUAUAAAGGCAAUUUUGGCGAAUUAGGAAUCUGCAAAGUAAUAGAGAGUAAGUAAUGAUAAUAUCUAAUAUUAGAAAAUUAAUAUAUCAGAAAGA